CCCUGCGCUCUCUCCAGGGUUGCCAGUGCUCUACCCAAAGCUCGACACCUGCUGGGUUCACCCAAAACCCAGGACCCCAGACUGCUACGCCUGUGCAGAUGGACGCCCGGGCGCCGGAAGUUCCUUGCGGGGACGUGCUGCAGAACGCGUUACCUAAGGUUCAUUUUCAGGCAGAAAAUCUACUUCAGGAACUUGAAGAACACUUCCGAGCUCUGACUACAACAUUAAACCUCAGAAUGGAAGAAAUGGGAAAUCGCAUCGAGGACCUACAGAAAAAUGUUGAUGACCUAAUGGCUAAAGCUGGAAUCGAGAAUUCAGUCAAAGAACAGAUGACCUGAAGAUGUUAAAUGAGCCAAGUGAAAUUGGGAAAAUGAAAUCUAAACUGU